GAUGAUGGGGAGAGAAUUUUUGCUUUUUCUCUCAAUGCUGUCAUUAGUCCAAGGUAUUUCCCCGAGAUUGAAGAUAAAAGACUAUUUCGACCCAACGUAUCCAAGGUUCGGUUUGCUAAAGCAGAUUGCUACAGUAGACGUCGACGCGGCAGUCGGCGGAGCAUUCGAAGUCACCGGUAUCGCUGCAAGUAGACUCCAUGACAAUGUUCUCUACUACAUCGGCCGUAACAUUAACGUGGUUCUGGCUGCUGACAGCACGACGGGCACCAUUUUAGCCAAGUUCACUCUCACCGAUGCUGUCAAUGAUGACUGGGAAGGUAUUGCCGUAGGACCCUGCGACGAGGGGAGUACAGACACAUGCGUCUACGUUCAGGACGCAGGGGUGGGAGGAGAUACCAGUCAGACCGAAGUGUACAAGUUCAGGGAGCCCACUGAUGUUACGACUGAUGCCUCUUUCACAUCUGAUCUCACCAUCCAGUACUCAUCGCCAAAAUCGCGUGGGUCGUCAGCAAUUAUUGUAAACAGUCAUGCAGAGAUAUUCUUCUUCUCCUCCGGCUCUCCUCCCGGUUCGUCGGAGUUGAGAAAACUGGUGAUGGACGGUGAUUCAGUCACAACAAAGAAGCUGAAGCAGUUCCAUGUUCCAUCCAUUGCCUUUGGUCAAACGGUCAUUCUGGCUGCAGACAUUUCAUGUGACGACUCAAAGAUUCUUAUUCAAACGGUUGACCACAUAUAUCUUUUCCGCAUAAACGGUACUGAUUUCGACAGCCUAGACUGCCCUAUUCCCCUUCCGUUCAUCGCUGGCAACCAAGUCCGCGGAAUCACGUGGAUUCCAAAUGGAGAAGGUUUCUAUGUGUCACUCCAAGAGAGCCCAUCACCUUUAAUGCUUAGUAUGAUGUGGACACGUGUUCCAGAUGCGAAGUUUACGUUUGGUAGGACUGUUGGUUUGAAUGAUAAUGUAUACAGUUCGGGCUUUGCCGCUAGCCGGGACACCCCCGGCCUUCUUUAUACAGCCCAAGAAGAUUCUACCUUCAUCAAUGUCAUACAAACUCAAAAUGCAAAGCGUAUUUCCAACCUGAGGAUACGUGAUGUUUCGACUACUGUGUGGAACGACGUAGCUGUUGGGCGGUGUAAUAUAGGCUCGACCAACAACUGCGUCUACCUACUUGAUGGUGGCGAGGGCUACAACAGGUUCCCAGAGCCAGCUGAUGCAAGGCAAAUUGACUCAGUGCCGGCCGACGUCUUUACGUUCAGUUUACCAGGUGGUGUUCCCGCAACUAGCAUCAUGGUGGACCCCGAGGCCAAUGUCUACGUGAUCAGCAGCGGGCUCGGCGGUGUACUGUACCGUCUAGAUGGCGCAUCGGCCGCAAAAACCCCUGUUGCACUAGGAGCGUUUAAUUCUUUACACUUACCGUUACCAAUAACGUCAGCAGAUAUAUCAGCAGAUGGUUCGGAACUACUGGUUAAAACGAUCACGAAUAUACUUCUCUACAACGUAGACAAUUUCAACUACGGAGCAGCUAUUUUGGGAGAGCCAUGUGUUAUUCCUUUUGUCGAGACCCGAGCACCUGCAGCGUCUAUUGCGUUUGGGCCUGAAGGAAAGUGCUUCUUCACCCUAUCUGGAACUGGAUAUGCGCCUCUCCGUCGACACGACAGAAUACCUGAGUGUCAAGAUGGAUGUGUACAGCGACAUCAGUACUGGCAAUGAACAGCAUGUACAAACGUAUGCCGAGAAAUAAAGAAA